ACUGCGGGCAUGAAGUACACCAAGUUCACGCACGAGAUGGACGUCUUCCUCCUCGAGAGCCUCCAGGUGAGCAACCCGAUGCUGGCGCCGCACGGAUCGCGCCUCGCGGCCUGGAAGGAGCUCGCGGAGACGCUUGGCACACGCGUCUGCAACAACCCAACCGCGUGCACGUGGCAGAUCUGCCGGGACCGCGCCAAGGCCCUUCUCCACAUGCACGAGCACGGACAGGAGAAGAAGCUCUUUAAGAACAGCGCGUCGCACCACGACCUGAAGCGCAAGGAAGCGCUCAUCGUGGCGCUGCGCCAGACGCUGCCCGAGAAGCGGGCGGGGGCGAAUCUCAAGAAGGAAAAGCCCGCGGGGGUCAAGAAGAAGGUGACGCCGCUGCCGGCGCCCGCACCAGCGCUGCAGCCGCUGCGACCGCUGCCCAAGCAAGAGAACUCGUCGCCGAACCCAGCGCCGAUGCUGGUACCGACGGCGCUCAAGGCGCCAGUAGGUCGCAAGCGUAAGGAGAUGCACGUGGAGCCCGACGUCGACGCCCGCCUGCGCGUUCUCACGACCGCAGUGGAGUCCAAGAUCCGGGACGACAUGGAGACGCGGGCCACGGACCUUCGCCUGCGGCAGCAGGAGCUCGAGAUGCACCAGCAGAUCCUGCGGUUCCUCGAGACCAACAUGCCCGCCGGUGCGAUGCCGGAGAAGCUUGUCGAGCUCAUCGAGCGCAAGAUGAGCUUUGACAUGGAGCACCGGAAGCGCGAUCUCGAGCUGCGCCAAGCCGAGAUCAUCUUCCAGAACCAGCUUUUGCGCUUCCUCACGCACGGCGAGUAGCAUCCUUUUUCUCGUUGUUUCAUGCCUCCUCUAUCUAUCUAUGCCAUGUCCUCAGUCUCC